UCCAGCUCAGCACAGGCAGGGCGAGGUCCUAGGUGCCGCUCCUCGCAAAGGAGGGGCAGAGGAGGCAGCCGGGAGUGGGAGGCAUCGGCCCCGGGGACAGGACACACGCACCCGCCUGCGAUCCGGAUCUGGCUCCGCUGCUCCUGGAGCGAGCCCAUGGAGCCGCUGUGGGGGAACCGCAGCUGUGCGAACGGUUCUUUGGUUCCUAUUUCUUGCUCUUCUCGUUGGGUCGUAUGCCAGGUAGUCAGUGACGGCAACCUGUCCACCUCUGUCCAUAAGAAUCUCACUUUGCACAGCAGCUGGGCAACACAAGUAGAAAGCAAAUAUGGAUUCUACAUUGGCUUGGCCCUUGCCAUCUUCUCCAGUUUCCUCAUCGGCAGCAGUGUCAUCCUCAAGAAGAAAGGGCUGCUGCGACUGGUGGACAAAGGGGGCACCAGAGCAGGAGACGGAGGUCAUGGCUACCUUAAGGACUGGCUCUGGUGGGCUGGACUGUUAACCAUGGGUGGAGGGGAAGCUGCCAACUUUGCUGCCUAUGCAUUUGCGCCUGCAACUAUCGUCACCCCCCUUGGCGCCCUGAGCGUGCUCAUAAGUGCCAUCCUAUCGUCCUAUCUGCUCGGAGAGCGGCUAAACCUGCUUGGGAAGCUAGGCUGCAUGCUGAGCAUUGUGGGUAGCACAGUGAUGGUGAUACACGCCCCAGAAGAAGAGGAGAUCACCACUCUGGCCGAAAUGGCUUCAAAACUGAAAGAGCCCGGUUUCCUCGCUUAUGCUGCCAUCCUCUUAGUAGGCUGCCUGAUUCUGAUCUUCUUCCUCGCACCCCGCUACGGGCAGCGGAACAUUCUCAUCUACCUCACCAUCUGCUCCGUGAUUGGUGCCUUCUCAGUGUCUUCCGUCAAAGGCCUGGGGAUUGCCAUCAAGGGCUUCUUUGCUGACCAGCCUGUCCUGCAGAACCCGCUGCCCUGGAUCCUCAUCCUCACGUUGGUGGCUUCCGUCACCACUCAGAUCAACUACCUCAACAAAGCACUAGACAUUUUCAACACCUCCUUGGUAUUUCCCAUCUACUACGUGUUAUUCACCACCAUAGUCAUCACCACUUCUAUCAUCCUCUUUAAGGAGUGGGUCGCCAUGUCGGUGGUGGACAUUAUUGGGACAGUUUGUGGCUUCCUCACCAUUAUUUUGGGGGUGUUUUUACUCCAUGCCUUCAAAGACAUGGACAUAAAUUUAGGGAACCUACCACAAGUUCUUCAGAACAGCGACCAGGCACCAGCAAUCAAGGACGACAAGAACAUUCUGAUAGAAGUGGAUAAUUCUGACAUGAUUGCCGAUGAUAAACCCAAAGUAUUCAUGAUCUACAGCUAAAGCAGUGAUAUAAAUGUUCAAGGGCAGAGGAUGCUGCUCUGAACAGGCUAAAAUGUUACUGAGUAAUUUUAAAGCAAAAGCACAGAAAGUAAAACUAAUCAUGGAUCUGACCAAAUGCUACAGGAGUCAAAUGCAAUCUUCCAGUGGGCUUUGAAGCAGGCCUGAUGUCAUAACACAAGCAAGGGGUAUAUUUUGUGUUCACCCAUAAGACAUCAACAUGAAUAGCUGCUGAAAGUGGCAAAUCCCUUGAAAUAUGACAAGCUUGAAGCAGAAUUCUUCUCUGGGAUCCUUUCUGAAGGCCGGUCUCUCAACAUUGUCAGAUUCUAGUGCAUGAGCUGCACACCUUCCUAACCAGAACUCCGGCUGAUGUUGUGCUUACUUCAAACUGACCUCCACUGACUGACUGAUUAGUGGGUUUUGAUUUCUUUACAGCCCCUAUCGUAAGGGCUCUAGGUACUUCUACAAAACUUAAAAUACAUAGCAACAACAAACAAAACAGGAAGACCCCCAGUGAAUAUUCUGCCCUUGCAAACCCCCUGGGCAGCUUACCCAGACAGACAGCAAGUCCUGACAUAUGACGACCCCAUAAUGUUUCCAAUCCCCGAAAGCCUGCGGGAAAAGAUGGGUUUUCAGCAUGCCAUUGGCUUGCCAGAGCAAGUUCCAUAGUAAAAGGUCCACUCAUAGAAAACACCCUCCUCUGACCCACCAACCCCCUGUUUUUAAAGCCAGGGCACACCCUCAUCCUGGGCAAGUAAAUAUUUAGACAGGCAAGUAAGGUAUCAUUUGUUUUUGUUGUCAUCCUACCAAAGGGCAAUCAAACAGAUUUUAUACCUAGUAAAUUGUCAGGGUAAAUAUGCAACAUGACUUUAUGAAACCUCUGAUGAUUUUAACCACAGCAUCGUAACAUUUGAGAGGGGCUUGAACCAAACAUCCUUAAAGAGGAAGUUCAGGUCAGAUCUGAACAUAGUUUCUGUCGCUUUAGUGAGACAAACCAAAACCUCAGGUCCCGACACCCUAAAUGCUGAGAAAGUUUGAAGCUGAAUUUUGCAGCUCUCACCGCUCCCGAUGCAGAAUAUACCCUAGCAGUGCAAGGAAGUCAGCAGUGUUUGUCCUAAGGUGGCAAAAGCUGCCACAACUGCCUAACUGCAGGAGAACCUAGUCUAUCUGAGUGCGUGAAUGUAGAAGAGGGGACUCACUGCUGGAACUCCACCCCCCAGUCCCCAAAUUGCUGGAUGAUGUGGUAUAACAGGCUCUCCUCUAGCACCCCCAUCUAAAGCAGCCAAGCUCCAUCCACACACUGCUUGCUGCCUCCCCAGACCACUUCCUGUCUCAGACAAUUUCUAGUUUUUUCCACAGCCCCUUCCUGAGCUCAGACCUCCCCAGACUCUUCGCUCCCCUCCCAGGUGCUGCCGAGUUCUUGCCCAUUCUCCAUCAGAGCACUACCUCUCCGGCCUUCUCCCUAGAAGCCCAUUCCUACCAAGCCACUAAGGCUCAGGGCUUCUUCCCUGGACUCCCUUCCCCUAUUCUAGGGCCUCAGCUCCAGUCUACCCCCAAAGCCAGCCACCUAUGGGUGACAUCCUCUGAAGCCUGCCCACCCACAGCCCUCUCCCAUUAGGGCCAGCCCCAGGCUGCCACCUCCCUCCAGCUGAGCGUGUGCUGCCUUUUGUGCAAACCCUCUUGCUCUCAGCUGGGUCCAAUCAUGAAUCAAAGCCACCUGGUCCCCAGCCAGUUAGGAGCAUUUGGAGGGGGCACUGACUCCCUUAUAGGGUGAGCCAGCUGAGCUAAUAGCCAGUGCAAAGUAGCAAUCAUACGCGGCAGAGCUCAAUAUUGCCAGUGGUGAAGAGCUGUAGAAGGUACACCCCAGCCCCUAAAUGAUCUCUGAUUGCGUUUCCUCUGGACGCGAGGUCGCGCUGAAUGGCUCAGCAGGCAACUGGAUGAGAGAAUGCAGUUCUGCUGCUCUUGAUCUAAUGAUUUCACAUUGGAUAGCCCCAGACUUCAGCUUGGUAGUUCAGAGAUGUUCAGACCUGGGGGGUUGAUUCAGUCUUUUACAGAGACGAGCGCUUAACCAAAUGCCAAGAUUUCAAUCAGCUCAGCUUGGAAGUACCCGCAGAUUUCUGAGGGGUUGGCUGUGAAGUUUUGGUUCAGCCCCAUCUCUGCGUUGACCUGUUGUCCUACUAGGACAUUGCUGUGUGCUGGGUAACACCGUGGGCUGUGACAGCGCCAGGAUUGUGUUUUAAAUUAUCUGCAUUCACUAGAAAGGUGAACGAUGCCACUUAAAGCUGUAGGGCCAGAUUCUGCCAGUUUCUGGGGAGUAGUAACUUUGCAAUGGGACUUCCUCUGCAGGAAGGGACCAUUCAGCUUGAGUAAUAAUGGCACAAUUCACACCUUAGAGAAUUUUUAAAAAAAAAACCAGGGCUUUGGCAAAGUGUGUAUAUCUACAGUAGAAAUUAACUUUUGUUUUUGUGAGCUGCGGGCGGGGGGAGGAGUUGUUUCCUGCAGCACAAUGUUAAUUAGCUUUCACGUGAGUGUUUUUCACAUUAGCUCUAAUUGAUGCUGAACUUCUUCUGUAAAGUUACUGGGCCUGAUUCUGCCCUUGCAUGAGCCAGUGUAAAUCGGGAGUGAGCUCAGCGGAGCUACAGCUGGGUAACAUCAGGGCUGGAGAGUGCCGAAUCACUGACUGUCACUGGCUUCCUCAAGACUUAGCACCUUUCCUUGGUUAGUGAAAGUGCUUCUUUAGCCUGGAAGACCAGGUGGGUGCAAAUGCUCAAGACUUUUUUGGCAAACGAGAUUAGUAAUCAAAUAGGCAAAUGUUUUCGAAGCUGAGGUUUGGGAGCCCAUUGUGGGCUGUUUGGGGGAUUUGUGGGAUCCCACUGUGGGAUUUGCAAAGCUAGUUUCCAAGUCUUUUCUCCCCCUCAUUUAAACCCAGAUGCUUUUUGUCCCCAAGGGAAGUGUGGGCUGUACAUUAGAAGCUGGGCUGGCAUAAGUGGGUAACUGAUCUCUGGCUGUACAG